AUCCUUAGUGUGGCGUAUGCUUGACACUGAAGAUAUUUACCUGCAUAUUAAUCACCUAAUUCCCUCAAGUGUUUCUCUAAAGGAUGUCAGUGACGUUUGGUGAAAUACACCAAAUAUCCACACGGUGGCAAUACUGGACCAUUUGUGAUGAGAGGGGGAGCAGCGGUAGAUGCUGUCCACCGUUCAUCAAACAUGCUUGUCAUUUAAAGGGUUAUGUAGAGGAUUUAAUGCGGCUGCAGUUUAUUAUAUUAUUAAAACCUUUGGGAAAAAAAUGGUACAAAUUAUCAUCUUUUGGUCUGUUCUGAAUAUCUUGCUUUUGGUGGAAUUGAUGUCUGAGAAGGAAAUCAUUACUGUUGAGCUCAGUUAUUAAAUCACAUGUGAUGUAUUACUCAUUUAUUGCCAUUUUUAUUUUCCAUUUCAAUGUAAUAAUUCACUAAUUGCUCCCCAUCACAUAGACUAUAUUUUUUGCAUUACACUUCCUAAAUGAGUGACUGUGUCUUUAGACAACAAAAAAAAAUCGGAAUAAUUCUGUUUUGGGAAUCAUUAUCCUGUUGUGCUAAAUGUCCAAACGAGCCGUACAAUCUAAUGACCAUAUAGUUCCUUAAUAUGAGACUAUCUAACAGUUUCACUUUUCCAUAUUUAAUUAGCCUACAAUAUGAUUGAUGAUCAUAUUGAGGUCCAUUGGGAGGUGAUACCAGACGCAUACUUCCUUUUGCAUCAAUCAUUGUGUCGUUCAAAUCAACAGGCCACAUCUAAAUCUGUAAUAUAGCCUCUGUAAUACUAUAGUAAUCAGACUAUUGUAACGCGUUACCGGCGGCGCGCUGCGCUGUGCGCUCCGGAGUCUCCAUAAAAGUUGGUGCGCGCACAGGCGAGCUGUCAGACUGGGGAGAGACGCGGCGGAGCAAAGACUGCAGACUCAAGUGAUGGAUCAGGAUCGAUCCCACUUUGACAAAUUCAUAUAGUAAUUUUGAGCGCGCGCUGUGAUCCACUGGGGGACUGGCAGCCACCACCAGGACGCAGUUAACGCGUAUUAUCCGCCUGAGUGUUAACAGGCUGCUGCUCGUUUCUGGACUCUAACGGAAUAAAGAGACAGGGGAGGGUUUGGAUGCAGGACAAUCUCGGCUGUGCGGCGGAUAACAUGCUCACGCUGCCGCGUUCAGAAGACCAGUAAUCGUGUCUGAUUCUGACAAAAGGUGUUUUGAUUUCAUUCGUGGGGAAAAGAGAGGCACCACUCCCGUUUUUUUCCGCCUAACCUGGACACUAAUGUCUCCACAUCACAGACACUCCAGUGGAUUGUUGUAGCAGCAGCCCCGCCGAUGGUUUGAGAGGGCGUUAAGGUGCGGGAAGGGAGUGGGACAAUUACAGGAUGAGUGAGCGAUACACCCAGAUCGGAAGUAAAGGGGCUCUACUAGUAAUGGUGCUUGUGAUCAGUGUCUGGGAGAUGGCCGUAACAACAGAAGGAGCUACAGCAGCGCAUCAUGUCCGAACAGGCACCUGUGAGGUGGUGGCGUUGCAUCGCUGCUGCAACAAGAACAAAAUCGAGGAGCGGUCGCAAACUGUGAAGUGCUCCUGCUUUCCCGGGCAAGUGGCCGGCACCACCAGAGCAGCCCCGUCAUGUGUAGACGCCUCCAUAGUGGAGCAGAAGUGGUGGUGUCAGAUGCAUCCGUGCCUUGACGGGGAGGAAUGCAAAGUUCUUCCUGAUCUGAAGGGCUGGAGCUGUGCUACAGGGAACAAGAUCAAAACUACAAAGAUUUCCGCGGACAGAGAGCAGCUUUGGUAACGUCAGAGGCUUCUGAGCGGAGUUCAGGUGAACCAACCUUUCUGGUUUUUAUUAGAUCAUCAAAAGAGAAGUAAUGCAAAGGACCUUUUCUGUAAAUAGAGACUUUCUUCUGGACUGCAAUUAAUCUUUGGAAAACUCUGAAUGCUUCUUCUUGAACUGGAUGAACAUCAAGGCCCGAUCAUUCAGCACUUCUUUUUGAAGAACUCCAUAGGAUAAGCCUUAUUGGACAACAGGAUUUAUUCUGGGACAUUGUCCUGCUUGUAGUGGAAACCAAUGGCGAACCUUGCCUAUGUGUUCAUUUCUAGACUAACAUGUCCUUUACAGGGGGAUUGCCAUCACAGGUUGACCAGGGUGAACAGCAGGUCAGUUUGUUGAAAAAUGGGAUUUUCUUUAAACCAGUCAAUUGGGGCUUUCUUCUCGAACAAUGUGUAGUUCAAAGGGUUCAGAUAUAGAUGAAAAUAUGCGGCAGAUAUUCAGUGUGAUUUUCAAAGGAAUGCAGAACCAAAUAUACAUUUUAAACUUACAAUUUUAAACCUACAACACAUUAAGAGGACUGCUGAACUGAACUGAUGGAGGACCAGCGCUGUAAAAAGUUCAAACUGAUCAAACUACAUGAUGUUAUCAGACAGAAAGUUGGAUAAAGUUGUGUUUUUUUCCCCUCUGAAAAAUCACUCUGCCAUUUCCUGUCGCUUCUGCCAGAUUUUGUUUGUGAAUGACAGCUCUGGAGUUCAGAUUCUAGACAACAGUGUACAUUAAACACACAGCAUCUGGUCACUGACAACAAUGUUCCCAAAACUGUUUUUCAACUCAAAGUAUGAUUUUCAGUAGGUAUUGCUGACUUCCUUUGUCUGUGUAAGUGAUGACAUCAGUAAUAAACUAUGGUUGUGUAACUAAA